AUGUGGUCCCACGACGAGUGGACCAAGCUCGGCUGGAAGCAGAACCAGGACGGCUCGUGGGUCAACGGCUCACGCACUUGGCGCCCGCCGUCGACAACGGCUGCGCGUUCGUGGACGUGCAAGGUCUGCAACUCCACCAACUGGUCGCCCAAGACGAAGUGCUCCGUCUGCAACGUCAAGAAGUCCUUCCAGCCCCAGCCGGGCCAGCCCUCGCUGACCAACGCCGCUCCGCCCCCUCAGCAGGGAGUGGCGGCACAGCUCUCCGCGGUCGCCAGCAAGCUCCUGCAGGCGGCCCCAACUACGGCACCUCCGAGCACGGCAGCGCCAACAGCGCCACCUUCCGCAUCCGGCGACCUGACCAAGGCCCAGCGGCAGGCCCAGAUCAAGCAGCUCGAGGCGGCGCUCAUCCCCCUACAGGGGGUCGAGCACCAGGAGCUCCGCUCCAGCAUCGUCAAGCAGGUGGCCGAGCACAAGCAAGCGCUGAUCUCGGACAAGCCCCUGGGCCAACGCAGGGACACCUGCAAUGACGCCCUCGAGCGCGCCAAGAAGCGCACCCUCCAGGCGAGGGAGGCACUGGCCCUAGCGGAGCAAACAGCACAAGCGGCGGAGGUCGAGGAGCAACGCCUGACCCAGGAGCUGACGGACCUGCAGCACGAGUUGGCCGAGGCCCCAGUGCCAGAGGAGGGACUGGACGCUCUACGAGCACAUCUCGCCGCCGCCUGCGACAAAGUCGCUUCUCUGCCCGGCGCCCCGGCCGACGCCGCCGAUCACGCCAAGUCCCUAAGCGCGGACCUGCUGUCCCGGUUCGAGAAGGCGUUCGAAGAGCAAGCAGAAGCGCCAACCGGCCCGCUCACCCGAUGGCAAGGGCACCGCAUGCGGCGUGAUGACACGGAGGUCUCCUUCCUCAACCUGGCGACCUUCAACGUCCAGACGCUCGACCCGAAGGAGCAGAGGCAACUGCGCCGCAUUGGCCAGCGCCUCGCUGCCCGCACGCAGCUGAUUGAGACGUACCUCCGCGACCGCGGAGUCCACGUCGCUGGCAUCCAGGAGGCCCGUCUCCCAGAUCAGGGCUGCCAGGAGCUCAACCACUACUACGCGUUCACCGCUGCCGCCAUCUCGGACGGCACCGGCGGCGUCCAGCUGUGGAUCCACAAGGACCUCCACGCGACCGCCAGCAAGGCCGCCACCAACGUCGUCAACCCACGCCUCCUCCGCACCGAGGCCUCUAUCGCAGGCUGCGCCGUUAUGGCGAUUUCUGCGCACGCACCUGUCUCAUCGGCCCCUACCCAGGACAAGCGCGACUUCUGGGAUGCCCUGCACAGGGAGCUCCGGCAGGCGCGGCACCGGACGUCCAUCAUCGUCUUCAUCGAUGGCAACGACGACGACGAGGUCCAUGGCGUGAGCUCCAACUACCAGUUCUCACAGGAGUGCCGCCUCGCCAACCAUCUCGCCGACGCGGCCGAGCUCCUCGGCAGCGAGGAACCCACGUGGUUCGGCAUACUGGGCCACGAAAAGCGGUGCGACCACAUCUGGCUCGGUCCUCGACGGCAGCAUCAUCUACGGAGCGCGCAGGUCUACGACGACAGCCUCAGCUUCACCGAGAGGGAGGACCACAAGGCACUGGGCGCGCAGCUCGCCCUCCCCGCACUCCUGGAGGAGCAUUCUCCUCCUUCGCUCAAGGUCAGCCCGGCCCGGCUCUGCGACGAGCAACUUCCCGACGCUCAUCGCCAAGCGGCGCUGGCGCCCAGAGACUUCGCACUUCAUCGCAACGCAGUGCGAGCCCUCACUCGCAUAGAUCGGCAACGCUGGGGCGAGGAGCUGGCUCUCCAGGCCGACGCGGCCGACCGGAGCGGCGACGCCAAGCAGCUGCACAACAUUACCAGACAGCUCAAGGUGCACAAGGGCCUCCGCAAGCACGCCAAAACAUUGGACGAACGCGGCGCUGCGCUCUUCGACCCCGAUGAGAUCCAGCGCAGAUGGGAGCGACAUUGGUCCUCCUUGUUUGCUUGCCAAACUAUGACAGCUUUGUCAGAGCCCCCCCCUGCCGGGGAUCCGUUACGGCGGCCGCCGCAGCAUUUGGAUCGUGACCGAGUGCGGCAUAACCUAGAUCGCAUUCACCCGAAGAAGGGCCUCGGCCCAGACGGCAUCAGCGCGUCCAUUUGGCGAGCCGGUGGAGAGGCCGCGCUGGACAUGGCGAUCCCGUUGUUCGAUAUUUCGUUCACUGCCGCCCAGGCCCCCAUCGCGAUGAAGGGAGGGAAGCUCUGGGGCAUCUGGAAGCAGAAGGGCGACCCUGCGUGUGGUUCCAUGCCGGGGAGGGAUGCCGCGCUUCUCACCACGGCCAUCCCAACGUUCAUCGAGCGUGCCCUCCACCAGCAGCGCGCCCUCCAUCAGCGGCGGUCUUGGGCGCUGCUCUUCUUGGAUUUGGCCAAGGCUUUCGAUUCCAUCAUCCGCGAGUACCUCUACGGCGUCGGCCGUGGCAAGCUCUCGGACCUGUCCGCGUACCUGCAGCGAGCUGGCACCCCCGCGCCUGUCGCGCAGGAGGCCCAGACAUACCUCGAGACGCACCCGCCUCUACUGGAGCAGGCGGGCAUGACGCCAGAGGAUGCCCGGCAGAUCGCCGACUGGCAUGCUGGCACCUGGUUCGCCAUCCGUGGGGCGGAGCAUGAUGUGGCCCUCGCUCGCCGCGGGGCCCGCCAAGGGUGUCGGUUGGGCGCGCUUUGCUUCAAUUUGGCCUACGAGCUUGCACUGGGCCGCGCGCGACAGCGGUUCCGGGAAGCCGGCAUCGCCCUCCAGCUUCGGACCCCGAAGCACGUUGCUUUCCCCUGGGCCACCGCCCUCGACUCCAGGGAGGACCUCCACGAGACCGCAAACACCGACGUCGACGGCGAGUGCUGGACCACCUGCAUGGCCACGGACAUUCUGGUCCACGAGUUCGCGCGCCUCGGUCUCACAAUAAAUUUCGGCCCAGGGAAGUCCGCCGCCAUGGCCAAGCUUUUCAGCAACGGCUCCAGGAAGCUCCACCAGAGCACACUAAUGGAGAACGGACGCGAGCAGUUCACCUCCCCGGGCGGCUUCACCCUGGAGAUCGUUCACCACUUCACCCGCCUGGGCACGAUCCACCAGGACGCUGGAGGCCACCAGGCCGACGGCCGACGCAAGGCGGCGAAGGCGCAGCAGGCCUUCGCGCCGCUGCCCGCCCCCAUCUUCGGCUCCAAGGCCAUUGCGGGGCCCGCCAGGAUCAAGCUCGGAUGGCUCCCGCUGGAGGCCCAGUACCACCGAGUGCUUCGCCGCAUUCACGGCUCCAUGCGCUUCGGGGCCCCCGGCGCGCCGACGGACCUCGAGGUGAGGGCCGCGCUGCAGGCCCCACCGCUCGCCUCAUUGGCGCGGGCGCAGCGUCUUGCAGGCCUCUGCUCGCAGUUGCAGGCGCCGCCGCUGGCGGUGCGCUGCAUUGCCGCCGUGCCCAAGCCCGCGUCUGCCACCCAUCUCCUGACGGGCCUCAGGCAUCUGGCAGCCGCAUAUCCGGCGGAAACGCAGGCCCUCGGAGACCCAUUUCAUUUCCCAGCCGCCUGGCGCGAGUUCAUCCUGUCGGAGCCCGCGAGAUGGAG